GUCUGACGUCAUUCCCGGGAUGUGACGUCAGGAUCAGGUCGACGCUGAUUGGUCCUUCAAAAAAUAAACAUGUUUACGGUUUAUUAAACGAGAUAAACCGACGUCGUGAACGGCCCUGGUUAUCUCUGAAGCGAGCAUAGAGUCAAAUAACAUUUUUAAAAUGCAUCUGGUAAAUUGAAAACAUCACGGCCACAAGUUUCUGAGUAAAUCUCAGUUUUGUGAGUUGUUUCACUUUGAGAUUUUGACUUGGGCUGACAACUCAAACUGAGGCCAGCUUGCAAGGCGGCGGCGAUGGCGGAGAGCGGUGACAACACGGUGGUGGCCGGGCAGCUGCGGCGCAUGCUGGCCUGCCUGGCAUCCUACCGUGUCGAGCCGCUGGUGUUCACGGUCACACUGGCGGGGACGCUGAUAAUGGCCACCUCACAGAACCUGCUGAUGGACCGGGUGUGCUCGGUGGACCUGGGUUUGAACGACACUGUGUGCGCAAACAUCACCCAGCCAGAGUACAAGGAGUAUGAGAACCACGUCCAGACCAUCGCCAACCGACUGGUGCUCUACAAAAACCUGAUCGAGCUGGUUCCCGGCGUGCUGUUCGCCCUGUUCAUGGGCUCCUGGAGUGACAUGCACGGACGCAAGUUGCCGCUGCUGCUGCCCAUGGCCGGCUCGGUGGUGACGUGCGCCGUGUACAUCGUGUUCUCUAUCGUCACCUCCAUGCCGGCGAAGUACCUGCUGGUGGCCAGCGUGCCGACUGCUCUGACGGGAGGCAACACCAUCUUCCUGAUGGCGGCGUUCAGCUACGUAGGCGACAUCACGGGUCAGGAGAACCGCACCGCUCGGCUGGGCGUGCUGGAUGUCUGCUUUCUGGGACCGCUGGCCAUCGGGUUUGUGGUGUCUGGCGCCGUGGUACAGAGACUCGGGUAUGUGCCUCUGUACUGCGUGGCCGGAGGACUGAACGUACUGGUUCUACUCUACGGCGUGUUCCUGGUCCCUGAGUCGAGGAGUUCGGAGGACCUGGCCUCCGCGGCGGCUGCGACUGGAUCGGUGCUGAGCAAGCAGAACAUCUGUCGCGUAGUCCACACCUGCUUCCGUCCAAGGCACGGCUACAACCGCUCCACGAUGCUGCUAGCGAUGGCCGGAUUCGUGAUACACCAGAUGACCUUCAGCGGGGAGUCCAACAUCGUGCUACCGUACGUGAAGCGUGUGCUGGCCUGGAACUACGCCCAGUACUCCACCUACGUUACCGUCGUGCUGGUCGUCUGUAUGUUCUAUAACCUGGUGGUGUUGCCGCUGCUGAGUUUUGUCUGCGGCAUCCGCGACUCGACGAUCGGCGUGGUCUGCUCUGUGAUGCGUGUCGUCGGCCUGGCGCUGCGCGGUGUCGUCACCACCACCCGACUCUUCUAUGGCGCCACUCUGCUGGGCCUGCCCGGCUCCCUGGUCAGCGUUACACUACGCUCCAUUAUCUCCAAAAACGUCGCCAAGGAGGAACUUGGCGUGGUGUUCUCCUUCCUGGCGGCGGUGGAGUCGGUGUGUUCCGUGGCCACAUCGUCAGCGUUCCUGCUGCUCUAUAACGCCGUGCUGGAGCACGGGCCGGGCGUCGUCUGGUUCAUAGCGGCGGGAAUCACGUCACCCACCCUGAUCAUCCUGCUCUGGUGCGCCUACCGCGAGCGUCGCGGUCAGGUGGGCUACAGCCAGGUCAUCAGCGAACAGGAGGCAAGGGAGGCCGAACGGGACGCACAGCGACUGGCUGAGGACGACGCCAGCGACACAAUCAUCUUCGAGAACUGAGGUGUGGUAGGAGGACGGCGUGUUCAGCGACUCAGAGCUCAGCCGGCGGCGCCGUGGGGAAGGAGAGGCACCACCUGUCAGUAGGGAGCACAAAUGGCCGCCGACCUGACCUCGGCUGUGAGCGUUGGCAACCAUCAUCUCCGGCGGGACGCACUUGACCGAUUUCAUUCUGGUAGGAUUCCUCCUCCUACUGCCUUCUCUGAGGUUGUGCCUCACUGGCUUUGUGCCUAUCUCUGCCUCUGUUCCUCACAGGUCAUGUCUCACUACAUCUGUGCCUCUUCACAACGGUCGUGGCUCACUGCCUUAGUGCCUGUCCACACCGCCACACCCUGAGUAUGGGCAGUGGCCACCCUGACAGGUGCCUAUCUGACGGUUCUGUCCGCCGUGACUGGGACUAGAGUAAUAGUUGUAGCAUUUAGUAGACGUCACGAGUGGCGUAGGUAGGCUUUGGUAUUAGACAUAGAAUGACUGUAGUCUGAUAAACCGCCAUCCGUUUAGGGGGUGGAGGCUGGCAUUACAUGUAACUAGGUGGGUGGUGUGUGGUGGUUGGGCUUUGCUGCCUAGUGUUUCUACAAAUCGUGAUAGCAGCUUCAUAUCGUUUUUAUUAGGUUUUGCCGUUGUUUUUUGGUCUGUUUCAGUGUAGGUAAAGUACUCUUACCUAGGCAAAGUAGGGAACGUUCUUUUCGCCUCUAAGGUUAGGGCAUUUGCUAAAAUUGCAUAAUAGUAGGGUGAAUAGUAAAGAAAGCCUCACGCCGGAUAGAGGUCAUACAAUAUAGAGCAAUCCCUCUUACAUAACGCAUGUUUUUUUAUUUUAUACAGACCUAGAUAGCUGCUUUUAGACUCAUUCACUCUGCUAGGUCAUGACAAUGAUAUAGCUUGAGGGAAGGGCUCGUGCCUCAAUGCCUGUACGGUAUUGACACUCAUAUUCUUUUGUAGGUUGUGAUAUAGCAUUUCUAGUGAAUCCGCUGUAUAUCGAUGACUGAUGUUUCCCGUUGCAUGUCUUACUGCGCGAUGUGAUUGGUGGCGAACGAACCGAGUUCUGUUGAUUGCAGCGAGUCUUCCAUCAGUCGAUGCAUGGAUUGGCGUGGUCAUGAAUGUUUCUGCAUGAAUGUAAGGCACGUUGGUCGGUUCGAUGUUCUGUGAUGAGACUUCAGUUAUAGGCUGUACAAAAGUGACCGCGAUCGAGGUAGUCGCUGAUACCGUCAGCUCAAUUUACAUCUAUCGAUAAGCAAUAGUUCAUGCUUCAUACCUCGUGCAGUGUUCACUCCUUGGCUCGGUGAUAAUCAAAGACAUGGAAUCACUGUCGUACGCGACGUUGGUGCCUACACCCAUAUACCCGUGCUGAACAAAUAGAUUGAUGGUGAUCCUUUCUCUACACUCCUAAUCAGUUUGCUAGUCUCAACUGAACUAUCCUCAACAGUCAAAGACAUAAGUUUAAGCAUAAACUCUGUUGACCGUGUUAGUUGUACAUGUUAUGAUUUUACACAAAACUCCAUCCGUUACAGUCCUCCGAAACGUGUGAAAUACGUGCUAUGGUACUGUGCUAUGAUUGCUGCUGAAUGAGUGAAGUUGUAUUGGAAAAAGUCGAUGCGUGAUUGAAACUGUGAAGCGAUGAUCGUGUCAUGUUGCAUGACCUUAGUGUGAUUUUAAUGUGAUUUCUUUGCUUGCAUUUAUGUAAUGUCUUUGACAUUAUGUCUGACAGCUUAAUUUUAUGAAACGCACCGCA